CCACCCCCCCGCCCCUCCACCUUGUGAUGCCGAGAGCCGCUCCACGGUUACACCGGACAACGUGUUUGAGGAGGCGGUUUGAAUUUAAAAAGCGACAUAUUAUGGAUCAGGGCUUCUGCUGAUGGGCAUGUGACGCUGCACGAGAAAGGAUAAUCCCAUCGGUCAUCGCGGCGGUAUGAACUAUGAUCGGCGGUAAACGAGUCGAGGAACACGGAGAGAGAGAUCUGACUAAUCUAUCUGGACAUCAGCGGCGAGGAAGAUGAGGACCAUGAUGGCUUCUUCUGUGAAAACUGCAUUAUUUGUAUUUCUGCACUGGGUACUCCAGUAUGCUGUGUGCCGCGAUGUAACUGUUCCCGCCGGACCCCUGUUCCGAGUUGCUGGCUUCCCUCUCUCGCUGCCCUGCACCGUGUCGGGAUACGAAGGCCCUCGUACGCAGGACUUCGAGUGGUUCCUGUACAGAGAUGAUGCUGGUGGAAGACAGAUGGGGGUGGUGUCGACCAGGGACAAGGGCUUCCCAUACGCCCCGUUCCAGCCCCGGGUGAGGAACGGGGAGGUGAGGGUGGAGAGGGACUCUGGGGACAAGGUCCGGCUGAUGAUCCAGAGGCUCCGGACUGAAGAUCAGGGAAAAUAUGAGUGCUACACACCCAGCACGGACAGCACCUACCAGGGGAACUACAGCGGCUCAGUAACUGUGAAAGUGAUCCCAGACACGCUGCAGAUCAGCUAUUCCCGCUCACUCACUGGCCAGCCCGUGCCAGAAGGGGCUGAAUUAACGCUGACGUGUUCAUCCAGCAUCCAAUCGGAGCAGCUUACCCAUCUUUCCAUCACAUUUGGGAAGCGUGGCAUUGGAGAGGUUUCGGGGACUGAAGCUGGGGGUGAGGUCAGCACGGUUAGAGAGAUUAUCUCCAUCGACAAGUUCCUGGCGAUCGUCCCCGGACGUUUCUACCAGAAGCGCUACGACGCCGGAGAGAUCACGCUGGAGAAAAGGAGCGGAGAGGGAGGCCAGGGUGUGUACGUGAUGAAGAUGAGGGCGGUGCAGCCAGACGACACCGGCUCGUAUUUCUGUGAGGCCUCGCAGUGGAUUCUGGACCCAGAUCGAUCGUGGCAGAAGAUUGCACAGAGGACACUGGACAUUGGCAACUUGACUGUCCAGCAGCUAGCGGAGUCUCUGCGAGUGACGUCCUCGCCCAGAGAGGAGGUGACCCUGCAAGUUGGUUCUCCUCUCAUCCUGACCUGUGAGGUGUUGGGGCUGCCGUCUGAUGUAAAGUCUGGCCUUCUGGUUCAGUGGAUGAAAAGGGGAUCUGUAAGCAGUGAUGCGGUUGGGACCGGAGGAGUCGAGGUGGAGGUGGCCCGCAUGAACCCGGAUGGCAUAGUGAGCUGGGGGGAUGACCUCAGCAGAGCCAGUGGUGGCUCCAUGGAGAAAGUGGCAGAGGGGAGGUACUCCCUGAAGCUCUUCUCAGCCCGGCCUGCCGACUCGGGGGUGUACCGGUGUGUGGUGAGUGUGUAUGCUGGAAGGACAAACCCUGGCCUCUCCAUGCCAGCAACGCUCACCCAGAGGUCAGAGGGAGUCACUGUCAACCUGAAGACCAAAGAUGUUUUGGUAUCAGCUGUCGCUCAGCUCUCUCGUGGCCCCCUACUAAAACGAGGCAGCACCAUCACCUUAAUUUGUAAUGCCACUGUGACAACCGCGGGCCCAGCUCAGGCUCAGGUGCUGUGGCUGCGGUGGCCAAUCCCGAAACCACUCAUCCAGAGAGGAUCUGUUGUUACUCCACCAAAGCCUCCUGUGGUGGAAAAACCCACGUUGGUAGCUGCCCUGUUGUACAACGGCGUUGCAAAUAUCUACGUCAACGGCAGCGAGAUUAGCGUCGACCGCUUGUCCGCCAUUCAAUACAGACUGAGAGUCCACGCAGCGACAAUGGAUGACCAGGGCAUGUACUCCUGUCAUGCCGAGGUGUGGGGGCAGGACCCACAUGGAAGCUGGUACAACACGGGGGCCAAAGCCGAGUCAACUUCAGUGACUGUUUACCUGUACUCCAGAGCUGUUGACCUCCUUCUCAUUCCCUUGGUGAUCGGAGUAUCGUCCGCCUUGUUUGUCGGCAUUGUCAUCAUCUCGACAGUAACGUGUUGCUUCAUGAAGCGGCUGGCGAGCCAGCGUGCUCGAAAGUAGGCGUCGCCGGUGGUUUUUAAAAUCUGCGCAAUGGCGCAAAGAGGCGAUGCUAAGACCCUGUUGGAUGAGAUGGCCCACAAAAAAAAAAUUAAAAAGACUGUGACCUUGUUAGUUGAUUUUUCUGUGUUUUGACCUACCUAUUUACCAAUCAAUGCCAAAAGAAAUCUGUUUUAUAUUUUCUUGUAUUUUUAUAUCCAAACCUUCUCUUGACACAUCUUUUUUUUGUGAUUGCUGCAUUGUGCACUAAUAGGUAUUUUAAGGCAGAUUUUUGGCCCCACUGCUCCAUCGCUCAGUCCAGUCUUCAAGUGGACAAUUUCUUUUGGUUUAGCAUAACCACAAUCUUAGUCAUUACUUUUUCCCAUCUUAUUAUAAUGUUUCAACUGAAAAAUAGUCAAAAUUCACAAGCCAACAUAGUCAAAAAGUAGGCAAGGCGCUCCAGGUUUGUCUCUCAGGCGUGACAACAGUGUUUCCUUUUAGCCACAUACCCUCUCAGAAGCCCUGGUUUGAUUAUUACAGUGUGACGCGACCAAAUGUUACUCAGUUCAAUGCUGGAUAAGUAGGCCAUCCUACGCUGACUAAUGGUGCAAGCAUCCCACAAACAAAGUUCUGUGUUUUUACAAGUUGUCAAUACUGUUCCAGUUAUUUGUUCCUCAGACUGCAUGGUUUUCUUUUAACACAAAAACCAAUGUCUAAAUGUAUGCGCAUGGUUGAAAGGCACUGCCACUGACAGUCACAUGAAUGCCGAUGGGGGCUCCAAAGGCUUAGCAGGAUGUUCCACUGCCUGCAGUCCAGCACUGCUCUGCAUGUAAACAAAGUCUCUGUCUGUUAGUUUAUAGGAAGCUGCUGGCAGGGGGACUUUCUAAUAGCCAGUUGAGUAGCAGUUCUUAUUUCAAGCAUUCCUUGCCUGUGUUGCUUCACUCUGUAAAACACACGGACUUAUAGAUUUGUAAAGAUUUGACGAAGAGAAAUGGAAGGUCUGACUAUUGCACUGUACUGAAAUAUGUAAAUACUCUAUGGAGUUUAGCUGUUUUAUUUUCUUAAUGUAAAGCUGUGGCACUGUGUUUCUUUGGCAAGUACCUGUGUUUAACAUUCUGCAGCAGUCUUGUCCUGCUCCGUCAAAGCGCUUGGACAAAAGUGGGACUGAGACCAAAUGCCUUUGGUAUCCUUCUUUUUCUUGAUUUUCUUCCAGAUGAAAAGCCAUUUGUUCUCUUUUUCUGUGUGUAUGUGUGUGUGUGUGUGUGUGUGUGUGUGUGUGUGUGUGUGUGUGUGUGAUUAAUGGUUUCUAAGCUCCUGUCCAGUGACUGAGAUAGAAAAACAGUGCUGUGGGGGUGGUGUUUAGCUCGUCGGCCCUGGUUCGAAUCCCGCACCGGGCGCCCUUUCCUGCUUGUCAUUCCCCCCUUCUCUGCCUCCCCAUUUCCUAUCUCCACUGCACUUUCAAAUAAAGAGUAAAAAAAUGCCCUCCAGAAAGAAAAAGAAAAACAGUACUGUGAAAAAGAAUUCCCUUUUAUUUACGCUGACUAACAGGGGAACUGCUGUGUUGUUUCACGCCGUUUAAGAUGCUUGUCCACGAGGUGAGACUUUCCAGGGGAGUACAGUCAUAUGAUGGUUUAGUGGAGUCUCACUAUUGUCAGCACCCUAACUAUCAUGGUUUGGGCCACACAUUUCUACUGCCAGGGCUUAUUAUGAAUAUAACUCCGCUCCUAGCCCACAGAAAUCUGUUGGACAGAUUUACUGUGUCUGCGCACUUAAAAUGGGUGAAAUCCAUCCUCCUCUUCCUGUUGAAAGUAACACUUAAGUGAAGCCCCGUCGUGCAUGCAGGCCCACACUGUGUGAUCACUUAAGGUGAAGAUACAUGUUCGUGGAAAGGAGGAGGAAAGCAAAAUUUGUUGUUAUCCAGCUUGUGGCUUUCACUGGAAUGGUUUCACGUCAGCUGUCUGACUCGUCUGCGCUGAGCUAUACUUUACUGUCUCAGUAUAUCUUUAGUUUCUGUCUGUCGCUGUCAGACUCCCUCUAAAUCUCCCCGUCCCAUCCAACCUGUGCUCCCAUAAACCCCGAUUAUGAAUGUUCACGAACAUUAGGGAAUAAAAUCACAGCUCUGCUUGCUUCCUGAGCCACUUUGUUCCAGAUCAACUACUCAAAGCUGAUUUGUUCCCGUGCAUGCCCACCUACCACACGAUUACACUCAUAUACAGAUGCACGUUCACACAGCAGCAGCAGCAGCAGCAGGACAGUGCUGGCUGGUAUUUUCAGAGUGAAGUAAGUGAGUAUCUGCGUGAUCAUCUCUAAUCCCUGUUUAUGGCUCCAGUGUGUUCUGCUGCCCUUCCCCCAACCUACAGAGUCGCUAAUGUGGCUCACAUUCGAUUCAUUUCAGUGUCUGCUCCCUAAGAAUUACUGCCAGCUGUGAACAGCGUUGCACAUGGCUUGCAAAGUAUGAAACUGCUGUCGAAGUUGUGUUUUUGUCUGAAUAUGUAUAAAACCUGUUCGCCAAGGUGAUAUGUUUUGUUUGCAUUUGAAUACUCAUGCUUUAAUACCACUUCCCGAAUGCAUCUUACUGCCACCGACGUAUGUAAAGGCAGGUUAUUGCUCAGUUUGUUUCUCAUGGUGCUUUGACAAACCUGCCGGUUGAUAAAACCAUUAAACCACUCUGGACUGACAA